AUGGAGCCUCAGCCGCAGAAGGAGACGCUAUUAUCCCGGAGGGCUACGAUGAUCACUGCUCUGGGUCGGGCAGAGGCAUUCCUGGAUUCGUUCGACGAACAACGCGAUGGGGGCCAGGUUACGCUCCGGCUGGAGUACCUCAACGCCAUGUGGACUUCUUUGGAGGAGGUGCAGGGGCAGCUGGAGGACAUCGAGGACACUGAAGAAGGUAGGCAAGAGCAUGCUGAUGUCCGUGCCAAUUUUGAGCCUCGGCUCUUUUCAAUAAAAGCCGACUUGAUUUCGAAACUUCCUGUUGUUACUCAACAAGCUCGCAGCCCUGAUACUCCCUCGCAUGCUUCCGCUCUUUCUGGGUUGAAACUUCCGACAAUAUCGCUUCCGGAAUUCAAUGGGGAUUAUAUGCAGUGGCUAGGGUUUCACGACACUUUCUUGGCGUUGAUUCAUUCGAACACGGAGGUUCCUGCAAUACAGAAAUUCCACUACCUCAGGGCCGCUCUCAAGGGUGAAGCGGCGCAGCUUAUUGAGUCCAUCGCUAUCAGCUCAGUAAAUUACGAUCUCGCUUGGCAAACACUUGUCGAUAGGUACGCCAAUGACUAUCUCCUGAAGAAGCGGCAUCUGCAGGCGCUUUUCGACAUUCCAUCAGCGAAGAAGGAAUCUGCUGCAUCAUUGCACGCGCUUGUGGACGAAUUCCAGCGUCACACGAAGGUCUUGGGCCAGCUAGGAGAACCAACGGCUUCUUGGAGCAGCUUGCUGGAGCACCUUCUGUGCACGAAGCUUCCCGACGACACGCUCAAGGCUUGGGAAGAUCACGCUUCAACCUCCAACGAUCCGAAUUAUGAUUGCCUGAUUGACUUUCUUCAGCGUCGUAUGCGCGUGCUGGAAUCCAUGCUAGUGAACCAUCAUCAACCAGCAUCGACACCGAAUGGAUCUACCCAUGCUUCCAAACGGCCACCUCAUUUCCGCGUAUCAUCCUGCGCAUCCACUUCGGGUUCUGGUAGCAAAUGUCCGGCCUGCAACCAAGACCAUACGCUGCUGAGAUGUGCGAAGUUCAAUCGCUUCUCGAACUCCGAACGGCAACAACUUGUCUUGAGUAAGCGUCUGUGCCACAAUUGCCUCAGGAGCGACCACAUGGUUCGUAACUGCCCUUCUAACUAUAGGUGCAAGCACUGCAACAAGCGUCAUCAUUCCAUGCUGCACUCCGGCGAGGUCCCUAGGCCAGUCAACGAAUCGUCAUCUUCUCGUACGUCUAUGCCUACGCAAGCAAUACAAUCCAGCGUUUCUUCCAAUGCAGAACCAGUGGCCCAGUCCUCCGUCGCAGCUUCUGAAGUCAUUCCCAGGGUAGUUGCCAGUGCCUCCGCUCCGCAGCCUCGUGAGGACGUGUUUCUUUUGACGGUGUUGGUGAAGGUCGUCGAUGCCUACGGUCAAGAUCACUUCGCUCGUGCGUUGCUCGAUAGCGCUUCUCAGCCGAACUUAAUCACCGAACGUUUGGCACGUCGGUUGCAUCUGAAGAGGAGUACCGUGAAUGUGACCAUCCAAGGAGCUGGCAAUCUCUCCAAGAAGGUGCAUGAAUCGAUCUUCGCUCGUAUCAAGUCGAGAAAUGACAACUACGAAUGUUCUGCCGAGUUUCUGCUGAUGGAUACGGUGACUGCUGAUCUUCCGGCACAGGACAUCUCUGUCAAGGAGUGGCGGAUUCCUGAAAACUUGUCAUUAGCUGACCCCACGUUCAACAAAAGCCAACAAAUUGAUAUGGUUCUGGGGGCUAAACAUUUCCAUUCGUUCUUCCCUAGUACCGCUCGUCUAAAGUUGGCCGAUAAUCUUCCGAUUUUGGUGGACAGUGUAUUCGGAUGGGUCGUCACAGGAUCAACCAAUGGAGGCCAUUCCGUUCAGAAGCCGUCUACAGCUCCCAGCGUUGUCGCAGUCUCCAUGCUAACACUCGAGGAGAGCAUGGAGCGGUUUUGGCAAACCGAAGAGCUCAAAAUCAACGACAACUAUUCCAUCGAAGAGCGCCAUUGCGAGGAUUUUUACAAAUCUACAACGUCACGGGAUGAGACAGGUCGCUACAUCGUCCGAUUACCACGAAAGCCCGAUUUCGAUGCGAUGUUGGGAGAAUCGAGAACCAGUGCUCUUCGCCGCUACGACCAACUUGAACGGCGACUCGAUCGGGAUCAAAGAUUGAAGGAUGAGUACCACGGCUUCAUGAAGGAGUAUCUUUCCCUCGGCCAUAUGCGGCUGGUCGAGACGGAUGAAGAAAACCAGCCCCACACCUACUAUCUUCCCCACCAUCCCGUAAUAAAGGAAGAGAGUACGACCACGAAACUCCGAGUCGUAUUUGAUGGCUCAGCUCGUACUUCGACUGGCUUCUCGCUCAACGAAGCCCUCUGCGUGGGCCCAGUGGUCCAAGAUGACCUUCUAUCUAUAAUUCUCCGGUUUUUGACCUACCCCGUCGCACUAGUUGGCGACAUAGCCAAAAUGUACCGGCAGGUCACUCUACACCCAGACGACUGCCCGCUCCAACGCAUUCUAUUUCGGUUUUCGAAGGAAACGCAAGUUCAAACAUAUGAGCUGCAAACCGUUACCUACGGUUUAGCCCCAUCCUCGUUUCUAGCGACACGAACGCUUCAGCAAAUCGCGACAGAUGAAGGCGAAGCAUACCCGUUAGCCGGCCCGUCCGUUCCCAAGAACUUUUACGUAGACGAUUACGUAGGUGGAGCGAAUUCUGUUGAAGAAGCUGUACAGCUUCGGGGGGAGCUAUCCGAACUGCUGGAAAAAGGCGGCUUCGUUCUGAGAAAAUGGGCUUCGAACCGCCUGGAAGUGCUGCAAGGGCUUGAAAAUGACCAGAUUGCGACCCAAUCCAGCUUGCAGUUCUGUCCAAACGAAUCCAUUAAGGCGCUGGGAAUCCGUUGGGAACCAGAGACCGAUCAACUCCGCUUUGAUUCUCAGAUUGAGCCUCGUAGUGACCCUCCAACAAAACGAUCCAUCCUUUCCGACAUUGCUAGACUUUUCGAUCCGCUCGGCCUUAUAGCACCGGUUGUUGUUACAGCGAAAAUCUUGAUGCAGGAGCUGUGGUCCCUUUCGUGUGAUUGGGAUGAGCCGGUUCCACACUCCGUUCGACUGAAAUGGGAAAAUUUCCGGAACGAGCUGCCGAAGAUCAAAACUUAUCGAAUUGACCGAUAUGCAUUCCUGCCUGAGGCUAGAGUCGAGCUGCACACCUUCGCCGAUGCUUCAACGUCAGCUUACGGAGCCUGCACAUACGUCCGUUGUGAAGACUCCCUGGGAACUGUCAAGAUUCGGUUACUGGCUUCUAAGAGCAAAGUAGCGCCACUGAAGAGGCUAACCAUCGCCCGCCUCGAGCUGUGUGCCUGCGUCCUGGCUGCGCACUUACAUCACCGCAUCAAAGAAUCGAUCACCGUCCACAUAUCCGCAUCCUAUUUCUGGUCUGACUCUGCUGUCUGCCUUUACUGGCUUCGCGCACCUCCCAGUUCUUGGAAGACCUUCGUUGCCAACAGAGUGUCGGAGGUACAGCACUACACUCGUGGCGGCAGAUGGAACCAUAUAUCUGGCACAGAAAAUCCAGCAGAUCUCGUUUCUCGAGGAAUGUCCGUCGAAGAUUUUGUAAAAAGUGACAUGUGGAAGCAUGGACCGCAGUGGUUAGCACUCCAGCAGCAGUCCUGGCCGAUUUCAACUCCACCCGCUGUAGAUGAGGACAUCAUGGAGACGAAGAAUGUCGUUGCAUCAAUCCAGACUACUCCCAGCAUCAACCCAUGGUUUGUUCGAUGGUCCUCCUACAAUUGUUUGCUCCACGUUGUCGCAUACUGCUUGCGAUUUGCUGCAAAAACCCGUUCAAAGGCCAGAACUCAGCCACUUGCAACCCCUUCCGAGACAGAGCCCUGCCAAGACUCGUUAGCUGUAGAAGAACUCACUGUGGCCAAUACGCUCCUGAUCCGAUUUGCCCAGCAAGAUGCCUUCAAGGAAGAGAUCAAGGAUUUGCAGAAAGGAAAUACGGUGGCAAAAAGAUCACCUGUGCGUCGUUUGUCUCCAUUCAUCGACUGCGAGGGAGUAUUGCGAGUAGGAGGUCGGCUCAACUUAUCGCAGCUUCCGUUUCAAUCAAAACACCCUGCCCUCCUCCCAAAAAAUCACCCCUUCACGCGUCUUCUUGCCGAGCACUACCACCGGAAACUUGUCCACGGCGGCGGGCGUCUUCUCCUCUCAUCGAUUCGUGAAGAAUACUGGCCUCUGGAUGGCCGUCGUUUGGUCAAAAGCAUCGUCCGUAACUGUUUCCGCUGCGCACGUCAUCGUCCUGUACCACUGCAGCAGCAAAUCGGCCAGCUCCCGAUGUCAAGAGUAAUCCCUGGUCGUCCAUUCUCCGUUUCUGGUGUAGAUUACGCCGGUCCGCUGUACAUCAAGGCAAUUCAUAAGCGAGCCGCCCCCGCUAAAGCUUACCUGUGCGUCUUCGUUUGCUUUAUUACGAAAGCAGUCCACCUAGAACUUGUUGGGGACCUAUCCACCCAAGGAUUUUUGGCCGCCCUGCGGCGCUUCAUUGCAAGAAGGGGAAUGCCAACCCACCUACAUUCGGAUAACGGGAAGAACUUUGAGGGUGCAAAGCGCGAACUGGCUGAACUGUUCACCAGAUUUGAGAGCAGAGAAGAGCAAAGCACAAUUGCAUCUGCUUGCUCUGAGCUAGGGAUAACGUGGCACUUGACUCCUCCCAAGGCACCACAUUUCGGUGGCCUCUGGGAAGCGGCGGUCAAGACUACCAAGCGACAUUUAUUUCGUCAAUUAGGCAACACAAAAUUGUCGUUUGAAAGUUAUUACACCAUCCUACACCAGAUCGAAGCAGCAAUCAACUCGCGCCCGUUGCUCCCAAUGUCCGACGAUCCAAACGACCUCGCAGCGUUGACGCCCGCCCAUUUCCUGCUCGGAACAUCGAUGACAGCCUUGCCCGACCCAGACAUCCAGCACGCACCGAACGGCCCACUUGAGCACUUCCAGAAACUGCAAUGCCACGUCCAGAAGUUUUGGUCCCACUGGCGGACUGAAUACCUUCAAGAGAUGUUGAAGGAUACGAAACCUGCAGCCCGGAACGACGAGAUCCAGCCUGGGCGAAUGGUCAUCAUCGUGGACGAUAUGCUACCGACAACUCGGUGGUCUCUUGCCCGUAUCACUGCAGUGCACCCUGGAAAGGACAACAUAACGCGAGUUGUUAGUCUGCGCACUGCGAAGGGAGUCAUCACAAGACCAAUUACCAAAAUAUGCUUGCUUCCGCUGGCACAACCGUUUCCCGAUGAAGGACGCUCGAUCAAUCCAGCCACCGUUCCAGGAGUCAACGACGAGGAGUGA